GGCGGCCUCCUGGAUGAAGUCGAGCCGCUGAGGCCCGACGAGCUGGAGCGGCUGGCCGGCUGUGAGGAAGACGAGACAGGGUGGUUAUAUACCUCACCAAAGAAAAAAGUGACCCCAGUGCAGAAAUCAGUUAGUCCACUAGUUUGGUGUAGGCAGAUAUUGGAUUACCCAACUCCAGAUAUUGAAAGUGCUAAAAAGUCAUUGAUCCACAGGCUUGAACAAACAAUGUCAGCCCUCAAGAGACACAGUCUGUACAGUAAUCCAUUCAGCACUGUCAAUUACGCAAACUCUUAUAGUCCAAACACUGGCAGUCCCUACAACAGUAGCUACAACUCCCCUUCCUCCACACCAGUGAAACCUCCUUUAGUAAAACAGCUUAUUCUUCCUGGAAACUCAGGUCUCCGGCAAGAAUAUGCAGCUACUGCUUCUCGGCGCAGUUCUGGUUCUUCAUGCAGUUCUAUGAGGCGAGGUACCUUUAGUGACCAAGAACUUGAUGCACAGAGCUUAGAGGAUGAUGAAGACAGCUGUCACCACGCGGUGCAUCCGGCUGUGAACCGAUUCUCUCCGUCACCACGCAACUCACCACGGCCUUCCCCAAAGCAGUCUCCGAGGAAUUCUCCCAGGUCACGUUCGCCCGCUCGAGGAAUUGAGUAUAGUAGAGUGUCACCCCAGCCAAUGAUUAGCCGCUUGCAACAGCCUCGUCUUUCUCUUCAAGGCCAUCCCGCUGAUUUACAGACUAGUAAUGUCAAAAACGAAGAAAAACUAAGGCGUAGUCUUCCAAACCUAUCCAGGACAUCUAACAUCCAAGUUGAGUCUGUGAAAAACAGUAGAAGUGACUCAAACUUUCAAGUGCCAAAUGGAGGAAUACCUCGUAUUCAACCUCAACCCUCAGCCACUCUGCAAAGGCAGAAAAAUUUGCCCCGUGUUGCCUUCAAAACCAAACAGCUACUUCAUACUCCAGCUACCAAAGGAGUACCUUCUCCCAGUAAGUUCCGGUCUCCAGCAGCACCAUCUCCUCUGGCUCUGAGGCAGCCAGUCAAGGCGUUUAGCAACCACGGACCUAGUUCUGCUGUUCCAGAAGCCACCCAGCUAACACACAGCAGCUCUUCACCAGGGCCUUUAGCAGCUUCCAGUUCAGUCUCUCCAAGCCCAGUCAACAGCAUCAACAGUGCUACGCUUACAAGACCUGCAGGGACGACAGGGAUGAGAAGUGGUUUGCCAAGACCCAGUGCCCCCUCCCCUGGGGGCAUACCAGUGCCUCGCAGCAAACUCGCACAGCCUAUUCGCAGGACAUUGCCAGCACCCAAAACCUAUAGCAACAUGAAAGACGAGAGCUGGAAGGAUGGCUGCUACUGAACUGCAAAUAGCUCAGCAAGUACUCCUUCACCAGGCGAAAUGACAGAUCGAUAUGCAGACUGAUCAGAUAAGACUUUGGGGGGUUUGUAAAUCCCUAGACCUCUCUGUCCUUAAUUAGCACAAACUGGCAGAGAUUAUAAAACAGCACUUUAAUGACAUUAACAUCAGAUACUUUGUGAUCACUCAAAUCACUUCUACAUUAAUCAUUUUUUCACCUCUGGAGAGCCCCAACCCCUUCUUGCUUCUUAAAAAUUGUUACAAAUACUCACAUGGAUAAAAUGGCCAACAUCUGGGCAUAUACCUAACCUAACAAAAUGCCAAAGAAAUGUCCAUCCAGGGGAAAAAGCAGCAUGUAAAAGAGUAAAUUAAAACUUUCCAAAACCUCACAUGUGAUUUGGUUUGGUUUGAUUGCAGCAAAAUGCACUGUUUGAAGAAAUAGUAUGUACACGUUAACUUAUUAAUCAAAGCAAAAAAAUAUAUUGGGGAUUGUCAUGUGUUACUAUGCUAGCGAGAUGGUUUAAGACAAUUGUGGACAGUUCGGAUGGAGAAAAUGUAGCCACAAUAGGGCAGUAACUUCUGGAGUCCCCCUAUGAGAGCGGUAGGGAAGCUGUGCUGUUUUACCUUUUUUUUAAAAAGCAGUCUGGAUGCCUUUAGUUCCCUCCCUAACCUGGGUGGGAUAUGUUGCAUCCUUUUACACUGACGUAUCUGGUUCUGUGCUAUUUUAUUUGGAUUGCCAAAAAGGGCUUUUGUAUCAGUUGUACAAUCUUUCUAAACCUUACAGUUCCUGGCUCAGGAAAGAUGGCUUUUGCUAUCACAGCCACGUUUUUUAAUACACGGCUCAUGUUGUUUUGAGAAGUCCUUUUUUCCCCCCCAGCAAGUUUCCUUGAAUGAGAAAAAAUUCCCAUUCAGAAAUCACACCACGGUGCUUGUUGCCCAGAAUUCAGCUGAACAUGCCUAUAAGUUUGGCAUGAAGAAAAGCCAACUAUGCACUUGUAACCUAGAUGCUCUAAGGAAAUAAGUCGUACUGUUGCUAUCAAAUGAUAUAUGCAUGUAGGUAUCGUUACAUGGUAUGAGGGAGUUUUCUGUACCCUUUUAAAAUCUUAAUUUCCUAAAUUUAUUUUUUAAUUGUACAUAUUUCUGCCAAGUUAUUGCCCAUGUUUGUAUUUUUAAAUAUGUACUUUGCCUUACACACCUGUGUUUUACAUUGCUGGUGAACCUGCCACACGUGUUUACAAGGCAUUCAGUCCUCCUAGUGGCUUUUCAGACUUACCAAUACUUGCUGCUGUCUUUGCCUAUCCUUGUUGGAAGGAUAUACCCUAUACAGCAGGGAAACUGCUGCUAAUACCCAGAGGCCCUUCCCUCCUCAUUUGAUGUUCCUGCCUUAUGUGAUGAGACGACAGCUGGUUGGGUGCUUGUCAGUUUCAAAGAGGAAAUGCCUCUGAUUGAGGGGAUGAGAGGGCUGUCUUUCUGUAUAAUUGGAAGUAUGCAGAAGUCAACAAAGUACAUAACGAAAACAAGUAGCUAGUCGUGCUAUCUUUUGUGUACUGACUGAAGAAUCCCAUUGAUAUUUUUGGGCAGGUCGCAUUUAAACUUCGUCAGUGCCUGCCUCUUAAAAUGGACGUUUAAAAUCUCUUCACAAAGAGGGUACUUGAUAUUGGAAUUUCCCAGCACUCAGAUUUUUAUCUAGUUUCUAUAGAUUAGUGGAUUAAAAGCCAUGCAGUUUUACUUGAAUUGGAAAGUGGGCAAGAUCUCUUAGUCAUGGAUUGCAGCUCCACCAGUCUAAUCCCCUUCUUGAUCAAAGAAGGGGCCUCUUCCCAUGUUUGUUAGUUAUUUUUAAAAAAUAUCUAGGAUUCAUGCCACUUUCUAAAGACAGAAUUUGGGAAUGGUUUGAGCACAUGUCACCUGCCAAGGAAGACUCAGCUGGGAAUGCUGAUUUUCUACAUAAAUCUUGAAGGUAGGUGGAAAUGAGUCCUACACUGCAUUUUUAUAUGAGGUGAUUUGCAGAAGCAUUCAUGUGCAUCACAAGCAUAGCGUGGGGAAGUCAAAUUAUAAAAAUUUCUUUUGAUCUUAACACCCCAGUUAAAUAAUGAUCUACUGAUAAGGAUUGUCUUCCAAAAUUAUAUAUAACCAAUAGCAUGUAGGGGAACUGAGACAUGUGCUGUUAGUCCAAUGCAUUGUAUUUAAAGUGCUGAGCAGAAAACAAUAUGAGGUACCCAGUCAUUUUAGGCAAAUCUAUCCUGCCUCGUUAAAAAAUUGGCUCUAACUAAUUAGAUGUCACAUUCUUCAGAGACGAAGAAAUGCUAAUUUGUUGUUUUAUUAGGAAACUAUUUAACUGAUUUUAUUUAUUCAGAAAACUCAGAUGUUGCCUUUCUUAACCAAGCUACAUGACCAGAUUUUAUAAACUGUUUUUAUAAAGCUCAGCCAUUGUGAUCAUUUCGAAGGCAUAUUACAUUCUGCAAACAUUCUGCUGCUACAUCAUAAUAUACAUUCAACAAAUAAAAAUUCCUGAAAGAAAAAAAAACUGCCAGUUUAGUAGAGGAGACGUCUCGUUACCAGUUAAUUACUGGGACAUCCUAGGGCUUUCUGUGUUUAGAGGUUUGGAUAUAUUGAAGAAGCGUGGAAACAUGAAUUUGAUAAACUAGUGCCUAUGAUUUACUUAAUUUAUGUUUGAUGAUAGUAGUAAGGGUUUUAUGAAUGUGGAUAAUUUUUUGUGCCAACAGCUGAGAAUUGUUGUAUGUAUGUAGGCAGAAAAGAAAGAGUUCUGCUUCCAAAGUUAUUUAAUUUUUUCCUCAGUGUUUGAACGUUUUUCUAAGUGUUAAUAAAAGUUAAAAAGGAAAAAUAUAAAUAUUAU